GGAUAUUGUUCACUCCAUCCAUCUUCAAUCGACCACACUUGUCUUUCGUUUCCCUCUCUUCUCCCUUCUGUUCUUGCCAGUUAUAUAGUAUAGCUGGUCUCCAUUUCCCACUCUAUUGUUUUUCCUUUUCUUUCUUUCCGUACGUUCAAUGACCUCCGACAACCACGAUACCCCCGGCCAGGCGCCGCCCACUGCCCCCGUAACGCGCGCUCGAGACUACUUCACGGUCCCGGCUCCGAUCAAACGCAUCUUCGAUCAAUUCCCGCUCAUCACGUACUCUCCCAAUGAACUACCCCAGAGCGCGUGGGCCACCCAGCACGGCAAUCGGCUAUUUGUCUUCGCGGAUCCGGGGAGUGCAAGACGGGGAAGACCAUCCUUCAACCCGCAAUGUCUCAAGUGGCAGGCCUACUUGAAAUUCGUGGGAAUCGACUUUGACCUCGUGCCCUCGACGAACCACGCUUCCCCCACGGGGGCCCUUCCAUUCCUCCUUCCUGCCCACCCCGUCGGCGGCAACACCCCGAUCCCGUCGGGUAAACUGCAGAAGUGGGCAAUCGAACAGGUCCACUGCGAAGAGGAACAACAAUUGAACUUGCGCUUCGAGGUGUAUGCGUCGUUGCUGGAUAACCGGUUACGGAAUGCCUGGCUCUACGCCCUCUACUUAGACCAGGCGAACUUCAACGCCGUCGCCCGACGGAUCUACGUCGAGCCCUCGACCACCAACGGGCUUGUCCGGGCUGCCCUGUCGUUUCAGCUCCAGCAGGCCGCGCGGGACGAGCUGCUCAAGACGGCGGAAUACAUCGACGCCAGUGCGUUGGAGGCGGGGGCGGGCGAGGCCUUGGAAGCCCUGGCGACACUCCUCGGAGACGACCAACAUUUCUUCGGCCGGCCGCACCCGGGUCUGUUCGACGCCAGUGUGUUCGCUUACACGCAUCUGAUCUUGGACGAGCGAAUGGGUUGGAAGCGCAACCGGCUGGGACAGCUGCUGCAGCAGCACGAGAAUCUGGUACAACACCGAGAGAGGCUGUUGAAGUUUUUCUAAAUACGAAUAAAGAAAAAAAGAGGAAACAAUAGACAUGUACACUAC